CUUAAAUCGAUAGAUUCGGAAGGAUUCAGUCAGUUGGAGCAGGAGAGAGUCGAGGUUGCACAGCAGCCCUGUUGCUCGUGCGUUGCAAUCACCAGAUAAGUGAAGUUUCCAUUGGAUGUAGUGCAUAUCCACAGUAUAACCGUGCGUAACGCGUAUUGUAGAAAGUUUAAAUGGUUCUGCGAAAGUUACCCGGUGUCUCAGCAUCGGGCAUGGGGCUUCGUCUGUCUCAGAAGUUCGUGUUUCUUUUAUUCCUGUCGGGUUUGGUAACCAUGUGCCUCGGGGCGCUCUUCUUUUUACCUGACUCCGUGCGCUUGAAGCGCAUCUUUCUCUCCAGGAGCGACAGUCCAGCUGUGACCGUGGGCUCCGACAACGAUGCCCGGGAGCUCUCCAAGAAGGUGUCUGGUGACCAAGAGCACCAGCGGGUGGGUUUAAAGGGGGUUGAUGUGAAUGUUAAGUUGAAAGUGAGCCGCAAGCCCUCGGUCACGCAUGGAUCGAGAACCGUGGAGAGAUCUGUUGGGAGUAGGACGCAGGAGGAGUGGAGUCCGGCGAAGGCGCACGAACCAGCGGCCAGGGACGAGCAGGUCACCUCGGCCGCUCACAAAGGGGAACACGGCAGUGGAUUCAGCUACGAGAGGUUUAAAAAGUGUCUCCUAAAACCACCUUUGGGGAAGGACCAAGGAAAGCCAUCGGAUCCCCAGACGCUUCAGAGAAGAGAGAAGGUCAAAGAGAUGAUGAAGUUUGCCUGGGACAGCUAUAAGCGUUAUGCCUGGGGUAAGAAUGAACUUCGACCUCUUACCAAGAAUGGACACAUUGGGAACAUGUUCGGUGGCCUCAGGGGGGCUUCCAUCGUGGAUUCUCUCGACACUCUGUACAUCAUGGGUCUAAUGGAGGAGUAUGAAGAGGCGAAGGAAUGGAUCCAAAACAACCUUGACCUGAAUUCGAAUGGAGAGGCGUCGCUGUUUGAGGUGAACAUCCGUUACGUUGGCGGCCUGCUUUCUGCGUUCUACCUGACUGGAGCUGAGAUCUUUAAGCAAAAGGUGGUAGAACUGGGCGAGAAGCUGUUACCCGCCUUCAACACUCCUACCGGCAUUCCCAGAGGAGUCAUUAACCUGGGCAGUGGCACCAGCUGGAGUUGGGGGUGGGCAUCAGCCGGGAGCAGCAUCCUGGCAGAGUUUGGAACGCUGCACCUGGAGUUCGUUCACCUCUCAGAACUCUCCGGAAAUCCCAUGUUCACUGAGAAGGUUACAAACAUUCGAAAGCUGUUGAGUAAAAUCGAGAAGCCUCAUGGUCUGUAUCCAAACUUCUUGAGUCCUGUCAGUGGGAACUGGGUACAACAUCACGUGUCUAUCGGUGGUCUCGGGGACAGUUUCUAUGAGUACCUGAUCAAAUCAUACCUGAUGUCAGACAAGACCGAUGAGGAGGCAAAGAGAAUGUACUACAGCGCUAUGGAGGCCAUCGAGACUAACCUGGUCCAGAAGUCUCCCGGUGGAUUGACGUACGUGGCAGAGUGGAGGGGUGGCAUUCUGGAUCAUAAGAUGGGGCAUCUGGCGUGUUUCUCAGGUGGGAUGAUCGGCAUCGGUGCUGAUGAUGGACCUCCAGAGAAGCGACAGCACUACCUGGAUCUUGCAGCUGAAAUCACUCACACCUGCCACGAGUCCUACAGCCGCUCAGCCACUAAACUCGGUCCUGAGGCAUUUCGUUUUGAUGGAGGAGCCGAGGCCACCGCCACCCGCCUGAGUGACCGCUACUACAUCCUGAGGCCAGAGGUCAUCGAGAGUUACAUGUACAUGUGGCGUUUGACCCAUGACCCCAAGUACAGGCAGUGGGGCUGGGAGGCUGUAGAGGCGUUAGAGAAGCAUUGUCGUGUGGAAGCGGGUUUCUCAGGAAUUCGUGAUGUGUACGCCUCAAUGGUCAGCCAUGACAACAUGCAGCAGAGCUUCUUCCUGUCUGAGACCCUCAAAUAUCUGUACCUGCUGUUCUCUGAGGACGACCUGUUGCCAUUGGACGACUGGGUGUUUAACACAGAGGCACACCUGCUGCCCGUCAUACGCAAGAACUGUCUACGGGAGCAGGACAGCACGCUGGACAACGGACAGACACCCCUCGAAUAGAAUUGACCAUUCCACGUACAAAACACACACACACACCUGAAACACUGAUUCAAAAAGCAGGGCCACGACCUCAAGGGUCCUGCCAUGAA